GUCCUGCAGGAAGAGCGACACAGGCUGGAGGGAGGCUGGGGCUGGCAGUGACCCCCACUGAGUCUCCUAGCCCUACAAGGAGCCUCCUUCAUGGACCCGGAGAUCCCAAGAGGGGCUGCUUCAGCAUAGAAUGGGAAACUGUGUCAAGUCGCCACUGAGAAAUCUUUCAAGGAAGAUGCGCCAGGAAGAGAAGAGCAACUAUGUGGUGGUGCAGACCAGCGAGGAGGAACUGGAGGCUGGUGGCGAGCUCCAUGGACCACUCCUGAUGCUGGCUCAGAACUGCGCUGUCAUGCACAACCUGCUGGGGCCUGCCUGCAUCUUCCUGCGCAAGGGCUUCGAGAACAGGCAGCCUGACAGAUCACUUCGGCCAGAGGAGAUCGAAGAGCUCCGAGAGGCCUUCCGAGAAUUUGACAAGGACAAAGAUGGUUAUAUCAACUGCCGGGACCUGGGGAACUGCAUGCGUACUAUGGGCUACAUGCCCACUGAGAUGGAACUCAUCGAGCUGUCUCAGCAGAUCAACAUGAACCUGGGAGGCCAUGUAGACUUCGAUGACUUUGUGGAGCUUAUGGGACCUAAACUCCUGGCAGAGACAGCAGAUAUGAUUGGCGUAAAGGAACUGCGGGAUGCCUUUCGAGAGUUUGACACCAAUGGUGAUGGGGAGAUCAGCACCAGUGAAUUGCGAGAGGCUAUGAGGAAGCUUCUGGGUCAUCAAGUGGGACACCGAGACAUAGAAGAAAUUAUCCGAGAUGUAGAUCUCAACGGGGAUGGACGAGUGGACUUUGAAGAGUUUGUCCGGAUGAUGUCCCGCUGAGGCCUUGAGGGCCCCUCCAGGACUGCCAAGCCCCCACAGGUGGGGCGAAGAGGAGCAGGAACUCGCCUCGCCCCGCUGUAGCCGCCGAGAGCCCAGGAUGUACUGGCGGAAGGGGCCUGCCUGCACCCCGGGGAGGUACCCGCCCCGGACCCCCACCCCUCCGCACUGUGAAAGACUCACAACUCCUGCAACUGGAAAGGGGGCGCCCGCCGCCGAGGAGGCCACCGUGCCAAGCCGGCAGAGGUCACGCCAGGCGCCAAGUGCCAUGUGCCCAGCCCACUGCUGGCUGGGUGGGCGGGGGAGCCUGCCAGCAGACCCCACACAGCAUGUCUGCCCCAGGGGCAGAGCCUCUCGCUGCCCUCCUUAGCUCUAUGCCUGUCCCAGCUCGCCUCAGCCCUGUGAUCUCAGAACCAAUAAACAUGUUUCCAAGAG